GGGAAUUAGCAAAUGACUGGAGAGGAGAACAAAUUAUUUUGCAGUUACCUGAUAGUUUAAAUACUAUAUUAUAGGUAAGGUCUAUGCAGUAGCUAAUAUGACGGGCAUUAGUGCUUCACGCUGCUAAUUUCUGCCAACAGACACUGAUCAUAUUUUUAUUGCACCAUUGCAUUAUACCCGGUGCAGCAAUUUGAUUAUUGAAAGGCAAUGGAGUGGAUGGAUCCCAUUUCCAUAUUUUUACUUUUUGUCCUGACAAUUCUGUUUAUUAUGAAAACUAAAAAAUUCUGGAAUAGCAGCUUCAGAGAGGAUUUCCCACCGGGACCAAAGCCUUUACCCAUCAUUGGAAAUCUGCAUAUAAUGGACCUGAAGAGACCCUACCGGACUAUGCUGGAGCUGUCAAAAAAAUAUGGCCCAGUCUUCAGCAUUCAGAUGGGAUGUCAGAAAAUGGUGGUGCUGUCGGGAUACGAGUCGGUGAAGGAGGCUCUUGUGAACCAGGCAGAUGCAUUUGCAGAGAGACCUAAAAUCCCAGCAUUUGAAGAGAUUUCCAAAGGAUAUGGUGUUAUUUUUUCUCAUGGCAAUAACUGGAAAGUGAUGCGAAGAUUUACUCUCACGACCUUACGAGACUUUGGAAUGGGCAAGAGGGCCACAGAGGACCGGAUUGUUGAAGAGUCUGGAUUUCUGAUUGAGGAUAUUGAAUCUCGUAAAGGAAAGCCCUUUGAGAUCACUACAAUUAUGAAUGCUGCAGUUGCCAAUAUCAUUGUGUCAAUAUUACUUGGAGAACGGUUUGACUACAAAAAUCCCACAUUCUUAAGACUACUAAGUUUGAUGAGUGAAAACGUCAGGGUGGCUGGAAGUCCAUCAAUUACGCUAUAUAACAUGUUCCCAGCCCUUGGAUUUCUACUCAAGAAUUUCAAGAUUCUUUUGCAGAACACAAGUGAAUUGCAUUCUUUUAUACAGCUUACUUUCAUAGAACGCCUCAAAGGACUGGACAAAAAUGAUCAGAGAAGUUUUAUUGAUGUAUUCCUUGUAAGACAACAGGAGGAGAAAAGUAAUACCAAUGGAUAUUUCCAUAAUGCCAACUUAAUAAGACUUGUGACCAACUUAUUUGCUGCUGGCAUGGAGACCACUUCCACCACGCUGCGCUGGGGACUUCUGCUAAUGAUGAAAUACCCCCAAAUUCAGAGCAAAGUCCAAGAAGAAAUUGCCAGAGUUAUAGGAUCAGCCCAGCCACGAAUCGAACAUCGAACUAAAAUGCCAUAUACGGAUGCAGUUGUCCAUGAAAUUCAGAGGUUUGCUAAUAUCCUGCCCAUGGGCCUGCCUCAUGAAACUACUGAGGAUGUUACUCUUAAAGGCUUCUUUAUUCCAAAGGGAACUUACAUCAUCCCCUUACUGGCCUCUGUACUGCGGGAUGAAUCUCAGUGGAAGAAACCAGAUACAUUCAAUCCUGAGCAUUUUCUCGACUCCAAAGGAAAGUUUGUAAAGAAAGAAGCUUUCAUGCCUUUUUCAGCAGGUCGGAGGAUUUGUGCAGGCGAGACUCUUGCCAAAAUGGAGCUCUUCCUCUUCUUUACAAGCCUCCUGCAGAGGUUCACUUUCCAUCCUCCUCCUGGAGUUACCAGCUCAGACCUGGACCUCACCCCGGCGGUUGGGUUUACCACGCCCCCAAUGCCCCAUAAGAUCUGUGCUGAGCCACGUUCUUAGAGCUCCUUGUCUUAGGCCAGUUUGGUAGAUAUAGGUAUGAUGGUCAGAAAAUCACAUGCCUGACAUAGCUAUGCCAGCAACACCCUCCCCCCAUGUAGAUGCAGCUUAUACCAAGAGAAGAGUCUUUGUGAUGAUCUACUUGAUGUUGUUCAGGGAGGUCGUUUAAGGUCCUGGCAAAAUAACUCAUUUUGCCAGCAUAUGGUGUGUCUCCACUACAGGGCUUUGCAGGUAUAGUUACACCGGUAUAGCUGUAUCAUCAAAGCCAUUGUGGUGUAGACUAACCCUUACUCAUGUGUAUCUUCAGACUCUCCCUAGUACCCUGCCGUGCACUGGCCUUUGCCUGUGGCUUGGCCCGUGGUUUGUUAGGACCCGAUCCUAGCCUCAGCUACACCAGCAACCCCAUUGACUCCAAUGACAUAAGCAAGUUUGCACAGGUGUAACUGGGACUAGAGUCUUGUAUUGUCUGUUACAUUGUACAGCCUCAGAGGAGCCUCCGUGCCUAGCUCAGAACUUGGCCAUUCGCAACGAAGAGGCAACAUCCACGGGAGAGAGAGCUGAAACAGCAUAGACUGAUGCAGAACACAUGGUCAAAUGUCC